AUGGGCGCCCUACGCAAGCACUUGGGUCGCAGUCAACCCUUCGAAAUCAAAUACAUAAAAAUCGGCAAUGAAGAUUUUGUUGCCACAAGUUCAUACAGUUAUCGUUGGCCAGCUUUUUAUAACGCUCUUUCGCGACGAUAUCCAAACAUAACCUUUAUUGCAACAACAACCACUUCAAUUCCAACUCCACCGGCUGUAGAUGAUCAUGAUUAUCCGAGUUCACAGUUUUUUAUUGAUAAUUUCCGUCGUUAUGAAAAAAUUCCUCGACCGAAACCAAAAGUUCUCAUUGGAGAAUUUGCAACAAGGGAAGCUGGUAGUUCAGAUUCACUUUUCUAUCCAACAAUGCGUGGCGCCAUUGCCGAAUCAGUUUAUCGAAUUGGAUUUGAGCGUAAUUCAUAUAUUAUCAUUGGAGGUUGUUAUGCUCCGGUUCUUCAAAAUGUUCAAUCUACACAAUAG